GUAUCAUGCGGGCGGACUCGAGCAGUGCUGUUGUUCACUGAUAUAUCUGUAGUGUAGAGAGACUAGCUCAGUUGUUCACUCCUGAAUCUGAGCCCAGGGCACCUGAGAUGGAUAAACUCACCAUUAUUUCAGGAUGUCUCUUUCUGGCUGCGGAUAUAUUUGCCAUAGCGAGCAUUGCCAACCCGGACUGGAUCAACACUGGCGAGUCAGCAGGAGCUCUUACGGUGGGGCUGGUGCGUCAGUGUCAGACGAUCCACGGCCGGGACCGGACCUGCAUCCCCCCCCGACUGCCCCCGGAGUGGGUCACCACGCUCUUCUUCAUCAUCAUGGGCAUCAUCUCCCUCACCGUCACCUGUGGCCUGCUCGUGGCCUCGCACUGGCGGCGCGAAGCCACCAAAUACGCCAGGUGGAUCGCCUUCACGGGAAUGAUCUUGUUUUGUAUGGCCGCCCUCAUAUUCCCAAUAGGAUUCUACAUCAAUGAAGUAGGAGGACAACCGUACAAAUUACCCAACAACACAGUGGUGGGCUCCUCUUAUGUACUGUUCGUGCUCUCCAUCUUCUUCACAAUAGUGGGGCUCCUGUUUGCGGGAAAAGUCUGUCUUCCUGGCUGAGGGGACGGUCCCAGCUGGGACAGCUGGGGUGUUCAAUGUGAAACGGAAAGAAACGGCACUCAUCGAGAAGGGGCGACGACAGGGGGAUGGUGUUAUAUGAUAUAAUAACUCAUUAAACUGCAAAACUAAUAAGACGAUUACUGCACGCACUACAUUCGAGUGCGUCCGACCACAUGCUCCCCUUCGCCCAACCUGUGCUUAGUUAAACCUGUGCUGUCUUUAUGUUGCACCUUUGAGUUUCAAAGGAUUGGGGGCGUUGAAGUACACGGGCCCGUCUGGAAAGGACUGAGUGCAUCCACAGCGCCUGCUUCCAGUACUACCGUACUUUACUUUGGGAUAUAGUUCCGUUAUCUUUGGUUCGUUUAAGUUUCGUAGAGCUUCACGCACAUGUAUGCCCUCUGCCUUUGUGCGGAAAAAAAUGACAAAAAGUGGUGGAGAAUGCGGGCACAGACACAUUGGGCCGGACAUCAGUCCAACGGGAGGGGUCCCAAUGGGACUCCCCACAUUCUCUCUGGCGGCCCAAGAGCUCUCCAGGACGCUGCACUGUUACAAAAGAGGGAAAACGGUAAAAGGGAACAGUAUUAAGAACAUUUUUGCUCUGGCACUACUCGAGGCAAGCGCUCCAGGACUGCCGGUCAGGACCCUGCAAGGCUGUGCCUCGCUGUUAAACCACGCUCCGAUAUUUCUCUGAAUCUGACGUCAUACCAAAAGAAACUCCCGCCUGUCCUCGCUCGACUACGGGGCGAGUUCUGUUGAGUCACAGGCGGAUUGUGUUUGUGCUUUGACUUUAUACCGGUUCAUCUCUUCUUUGUUUUGAUCUCUGGAUUUGCAGA